AUGCAAGUUUUAACAGAGGAAUUCGAAAAAAUUUCUGUAAAGCAUAAACAUCAAAAGCUGCAUACAAAAGGAUUCUCACCAGAACAGAUAUACUAUCAAAUAGAGGAUCUGUGUUUACACAUCCUACAAGCGUCAGAGUCUGCAAUAACCGAUCUCGGUUUAAUAUACGAAAACACGCCUCAGCAAAUCGAUCACAAAUGCAACUGCAAAGACAUCCAACAAGAUUGCAGCAUCUACAGUCAUAACAACGUCGCAUCAAGUACACCUAACUUCAUACAAGACGAAGACUCUUCAACCAGUACGUCAGAUCAAAUCAAUGAAAAUAGCUUGAGUGAAACAUCCUUGGAUUCAGAUGACUUUGGAAUCUCUAGGGAAGACAUCUCACAUAUGGCAGCCGAGGAUCUCAUCAAAAUUCUCGAUUCUAAAGCUCGACGCACUUCAAACCAUUACAUCAAUGACUCGGAUUCUUCAGAAGACGACUCGCAACAAAAAUAA